UAAUUAUGUCCGAGAGCUUAAAAGUAAAGAGGUUCUUCCUUCUGCUGUCUACUUUGGAAUUCAUCUUCCAUGCAAACGUCUGCAACAUUUAAUUGGAUAAGGUGAGACUUUUUCAUUGGUUAAUUAAAGUAGUACAUCUUUUUAUAAAGCCUCGAGGAUGAGGGUUGACGAGAGUACCACAUCUCGCUCGUCUUUGAAUACCGCCAACUCUCAUCUACGUCUGUGCACUCUCAUCAACUCAUAUAAACUUUGCACUGGUUCAAUUUUCGAUGAGAGCCUGAUGAGAGGUUUUGCUAUGCCACUCUACACUGAACACCUCCUAUAUAUUACAAAUGUUCUGGUUGCAAGAGAAUGGUAAACUCUCAUGCAAACUCUCGUUUCUCAACCCAGACCAACUCUUAUGUAGGUUUAAAAUAUUCAAACAUAGAGUAUAGAUUGAAGGGAUGUUGAUGAUACAAUGGUUAGUGUAUAUGUCUUACAGUUUCACCUCAGUGACAGGGAUAUGAUUCUUAGAAUAUGCAGAGACUAUAUAAUCUUACUAGCUCAGUCGCAUGUGAGAAAAGUGCUUUUUCUUUUUUCCAAACAGAUCAAUCUUGCCAAGAUGUUUGCUAUACUUGGUGUCACAUUGACAAUAUUGUUCUUGAAUGUUGAAGGAAAAGGACCAUUUGACUUGCGCCAAGGUUAGCCCAUGCAGUAAAGGUGGAGUUACACGGGCAACAAAAUUUCUGCAACUUGCAACAAAAUCUGAUUUCAACGCAUGUUAAUUGAAAAUGUUUACACAUAAAUUACAAAGAACAAGGCAAUAUGUGUCGACAUUUUUUACUUAACAUGCGUUGAAAUCAGAUUUUGUUGCAAGUUGCAGCAAUUUUGUUGCUCGUGUAACAGCUCCACCUUAAACAUCACCGAUAAAAAAUUCAAACGAUCUGUGAAACUACCUGGAAAGCACAAGCAGAACUUCGACGUUUCAAGCGAAGUCCCUUAGGUUAAAGGCCAUUUCCCAUUGCAGUCGCUUUGCCCGCGCGGGUGAAGCGACCAAUUUUAAUCACGUGAAAAACCAGUCGUGCGGGCAAGCCAAGAAAGUUGAAUGUGUAGUUCAACUUUCAUUGCGUGUCCGCGAGCAGUCAGGCGGACGAAAAAUGCACAGGUUAGACAACUAGAGGGAAAGUUGAGUAAUGUUCGCUCCGCCCGCGCGGGCAAAGCGACUGCAAUGGAAAUCGGCCUUUAAGGCCCAUUUCCACUCAAGAAAAAUUUCCACGGACAGAAAAUUUUCCGAAAAUAUCAUUGUUAAAAGUUGAAAAUUUUCAACUUCAAAAUGUUUUUCCGACGGAAAAUUUGUGUCGGCCAAUCACAUUUUACAAAAUUUUCUUUCUGCGGAAAAUUUUCCUGAGUGGACAUGGGCCUUUAGGUUAGCACUGGGUGUAGAACUUCCCGACGGGGGGCCUUCGCUCGACUGAAACAUCGAAGACGAAUUUCUGCUCUCAUGCAAUCCUCAAAUUUGACCAUUAUUUGCAGAUCCCAGGUACAGUCCAGCUCCGCUGGAACCAGGCUUGGUCGAAGGUGAUUUUAAGCUGACAGAGAAACAGAAGGUGAAUCAGAAAUUAUACGGAAAUGUGUAUGGUCCAGUGGGCAGAUCAGCGUCAGGACGAGAAAGCGAGAGGUGGCCUGGGGCUAUUAUUCCUUACGUCUUUGACUGCAGUGUAGGUGGGUAUUUAUGAAGGUCUUAAUAUGGGUCAGUUGUCCGCCCAAAUUCAGGCCCAUGGCCGUGCAUAAAUUAAUGAUGCUUUAAGUACUAGAUAAAGCAUGAGCAUCUGAUCUGUAUCUGAUGUACAAACUCGAGCCGAAGGCGAGAGUUUGUAUAUCAGAUACAGAUCGGAUGCGAAUCGUACUUAAAAAUGAACCAUCUUAUGAGUUCAUUGGCGAAGUAAUUUUAAAAGUAAACAUUGUCUAAGCCGAGAAAAUCAAAGCUGAAGUUUAUGUAAAUCAGGACAAAUCUGUAUACAUUGAUUAAACAUUCAUUUCUUUUGUAUUUUCUAGUUCGUGAAUUAUUAAUCAAUUUUUUAAUUUGUGAUGGUUAAAUGCUAUAUUGCUAUAAUACAAUAUAAUGCUAUAUUUGCAACAAUAUAUAAAGCAAAACUUUAUACUGAACUUCAGAUAUCCGAUUUUCUCUUUGGCAUACCAUCUAAAAUCUCUUCACAUUAGCAUUAUUUUACACAUAAAGCACUAAACAUACUUUUUAAGUUUGCCGAUUGAGAAACGUAUCGAAAAAUAAGAAUUUUGAAUGUAGUCAUAACCGCAAGUGUUCAACAUACACUGAAAAAAUCACCUUUUAAUGAAUCAAAUUAUCGAUUGAGUGAUUGGAUAAAUGAUUGAUUAAAUGGUUGUUUGAUUUAUUGAUUUAUCGAUUUAUUGAUUUAUCGAUUUAUCGAUUUAUUGAUUUAUCGAUUUAUUGAUUUAUUGAUUUAGCCAACCUCCCAAGUGCUAUAGAAGCAACAAAGAAAGCAAUUGCGAUCUGGGAGAAGAACACUUGCAUCCGUUUUGUUGAAAGAACAAACGAAAAGAAUUAUCUAGAGUUCUUCAGAUCUGGAGGGUAAGUUUUUUUAUUCAAACAAACUUAGCAAAGAAUUUGUCUCAGUGCAGAGGUUUAAGAACAAUAUCACAUCAGUUUCUUCCCUCGACAGAUGUUGGGCAAGUUUCAUUGGCUACCAGAACAGAAAGACACAGAUCUCAAUCGGUGACGGUUGUGACUAUGAACACGUGAUGGUGCAUGAGCUUGGUCACGUGAUCGGUUUCUGGCAUGAGCAGAGUAGACCUGAUAGAGAUAACUAUAUCGAAAUAGUCUGGGAUAAUGUGAUUGAUUGUAAGUAAUUGACAGUAAGUUUCCAGUGGGUUUACUUAAAUUACACAUGCACCGGCUAAUUACGAAUUCAAUUUUUUUGCCUGUUGAAGCAAGACAAACCUCUGUACAUUUCUCAUCAAAUUUUCAUCCAAGUUGAACAGAAAAUUGAUGGAAUUCUUGGCACCGUAUAUUUUCGUAAUCACUGUUUGAUAGUUUUUCAGUUAUCUGUUAUCCUGUUGACAGACACACGCACAUACAAACACAAAUAAAUCGAGGAGAAACCUUUAACCUAUUUGUGGAGGUAAUAAAUGACCUUUUUUGUCUAGCAAUGAAAUACAACUUUGAUAAGGUGGUAGACGGCGCAGUGGACAGCGUUGGCGAACCGUACGAUUAUGCCAGUAUCAUGCAUUAUCCGUUCAACGCUUUCUCUAAAGACUGGAAUAAAGACACUAUCAUACCUAAGAGACCUUUGAAUGGCAAGAGACCGUACAUCGCUUUGACUCAGUCAGAUGCCAGACAGGCCAACAUCAUGUAUAAAUGUCCUGGUUAGUAUUAUAGCAUCAUCACCAUCAUACCAUUGCCAUCACUACCAUACCAUACCAUACCAUACUAUACCAUAUCAUACCAUCCAUACCAUACCAUACCAUACCAUACCAACGUCAUCACCACCAACGUCAUCACCAUCAUGAUCAUCAUCACCAUUAUCAUCACCAUUAUCAUCACCAUUAUCAUCAUCAACACCUCAUCACCACCAUCAUUACAUCACCACCAUAACGACCAUCAUCACCAUCAUUACCAUUAUUAUCACCAUCAAUGAUAUCAUAAUUCAUAAUCACCACCAUCGCCACUCAAUUUUCGUGCAAAAAACACUGGACCUACAAGGGAUGACUCCUCUUACAGCAGCAUUUAGGAGAACAGUUUAGAACUAAUAAAGCUGUCUAUUAAGAGACUGUUUCGUAAGGUAAAGAGUAUAAAGCGUGUAUUGCAUUAUAUGUUGUAGCUGUUAUCAAAAAGAGGAAUGAGGACUUGCAACGAUUACAAAGAUCGCCAGUUAUUCCAGCAAUGAACGAUGGUAGGCAUUAUUAUAUUUUAAUAGCUCGCUUCAUGGCUCCCUAAUUUCUGCAACCAUGAACCAUUCUCUCUGUAAUCGACACACAGAAGCGAAAAAUGCAACUUUUACAUUACAAUAUGCGCCCGGACAAUGUGUGUAAUUUUUACCGGCAAAGAACUUUGGGAUUGAUUUCUGGUUCUUUCGUUCUGAUUGGUCGAUGCAAUUUUACUUCUGAGGAGUUAACGUACAUCACUGCUUUGACAGGAAUCAUUUUGCGAAAAGGUGUCAUUUAUAUAUUUGAAUUGAGUAAUUUUAAAGUUGGAGAUGUCGUUGAAGCCGUGGAUGAGUUUGGUGUGUGGCCAGGGUAAAGGGGAAAGUUGUUGCCACGGAGGAUGAAAAACACAAAAUCUCCUUUGGAGGCUUUGGCAGCACGUGGCAACACAGGAACACUCACCUUUCAUCUUCGACUUCUGUACGUCCAAAAUGAAAAUAAACUGCCGAUUCCGCGUAAAUAAACUCUUAAAGUUUCCCAGUACUGCAAUCAGUUGUUCUUGAAUGACUUUUAUUGAGGAACACAGUGAUUAACAUUUGAAAAUUAACAGCAAUCGGCGAUCAAAACAAAGCAAGCAAAAAAUAACAGUAUCGCAAUGCAUCUGGCCAUACAGCCCGUAAUCAGUAUGCCCGUUCGCAAGUUGAAAUUUGAAAUUAGAGACGAAUCCAGGCAAUGUCGGGGCUCAUAUUGUCAUGUAGGUCUCUGGCAGGAAUCGAAUCUGCGGCCCUGCGAUUAUGGUACAGCGCUCUGACCAACUAAGGUACAGAGAGAUAGUUGUUGAGCUCCAACCACAAGUUUAUGUAUAUAUAUAUACUAGAGUACUGCCAUGUAUAGGUUAUGGGUAAAAAUCAUGAUUUUUGUGGCAUCUCACUCGAAUGAAUAAUUCGGAAAUUGUCGAUUGGAAAUUGUCGAGUGGAAAUUUAUAUACAUUUAUUAUUCAAAUUCCGGUGCAGCGCUCUAACCAACUGAGAUACAGAGGCCAGUUCCACUAAUAAUGUAACCAGGUUCCCUGCAGGCAGUGGUUUCUGUGCUGAGCUUGGACACGCUCAGCUCAAGCUUAUAGCCCAGAAAUCACUGCUACCAGGGUAAUAAUCAGGACAUCCUGUAUAUAUUAUUACUACUUUUGCCAGACUCGUGUGUGGAUGAUCAAAUACAUUGUCCAGUUUGGGCGAAGGAUGGCGGCUGUGUGACGUCAGCAAACCCUCUGCUGCAGGUGUGCAGGAAAAGUUGCGGCAACUGUGGACCAUGUGUGGACCAACAUCCAACUUGUAAACCUUGGGCUGCUGAUGGUCAUUGUUACAAAAACCCAGGGUACAUGUGGAAACACUGUAAGGUCAGCUGCUUCGUAUGUACACCAGGUACGUCAUGUUACGGGCAUUAUAGAACAAGGAUACGAUAGUGCCUUCUUAACUAAAUAGACCCUUUGCACUGACGUCACAAAUCCUUAGAGUGUCCUCCAGAUGGUCCCUAACAAUAUCUGUUCGGGUACAACAACCACAUACAGCGCAAAAACUAACCAUUUUAAUACAAAAUUAUUAUAAAGUUUUACAAAAUUUGCUUUGUUUACAAAAGUUUUAUUAUGCAUUGAUUGCUAAUUUGUCCUUCAGAUGCAUCGUCACCGGCGCUGUGACGUCAUGUGCAAUGGGUCUAUUGAAACUCAAAUUGGGAAUCAUUGUCUAAUAAUGAAUAUGAAUAUCAAUGCUCAGCAUAAUGUCCGUAUAAUAAUAGCCAUAACGUUUCGUCUUAUACUCAAGACGUCUUGAGUCUUCUUCAGACGGUUGCAGAGGUGAAAACCGUGUAUUGCGCCUAAUUUGAACAUUGAACACUUCACAGUCUCAAAUGACAGAUAAGGACGUAUGAUACAAUAAUUCCUGAGAUUCUUCCAUAAUUGUGUGAAAAAUUGAAAAUGUUCCUUUCCCGAGAUCCCACUGUUUUUCAGAUCUGCAUGCGUUGCCACAAGAGUGACAGGCUAGCGUUGACCAAUGUACCACAAAGGCACAAACCAUCAUCCCGGUAAACUAUUUUCUUUCUUUAAUUUAUCCAGGUCCUUCACCAACAACCCCACCAACACGACCGCCACGUCCUACCACAGAAAAAACAACCAAACCAACACAGCCACCUACAAAACCAACAGAACCGGUGACUACCAGACCCACCGUUAACCCACCGGUAAAACCAAAAUACAGAGGUAAUUAUAAUACACUCACAAAUCUCACAACUUAUCAACAAGAUGCGUUCGCAACAGCCUUGUAGCAAGCUUGUCAACAAGUUGUAACAAUGUUGUCAUUUUAUCAAGUUGCUACAUACACGGUUGUCACUCACAACUUGUUGACAAAUUGUUGAACAAGUCUGUUGAGAUCAAAAACCUUGUAGCAAGUUGUCAACAAGUGUUGCGAACAGUGUUUCGUAUCUGUAAUUAUCUGUCAUGCGUUUUUUUCUCUCAAGGUAUCAAAUGUACAGACAGGGACACUAGGUGUCCUGGAUGGGCUUCAAAGGGACGAUGUGGGACAGAUGCUUGGGUGUAUAAGAAUUGUUUGCUGAGUUGUAAACGAACUGAUCUAUGUGACACAGAACAACCAAGACCAUCAGGUAUGAUCAGUUUAUGCAUUUCUCUUCUCUUUUAUUCUAUAACUAUGCUUCGGUGUUUUUGUUUCAUUUCUUCCUUAAGACCUUAAUUCCCGUCUUCUUUUCCUUCCGUCCUUACAAAUGCUGUCAUUUUUCUUCCCUUGUUUCCUUUUGUUUAUUUAUUUAUUUAUUUAGCUUUGCCCACCAGGGCUGGGUCACCACAACAGCAUGUGCCAAUUACUGCGGGCCCUUUUACCUAACCCACCCUGUCAACUUGUUCUUUUGAGUAUUAUAAUUCCGUGCAGUUGUUUUCGUCUAAAUUUUCAAUACUAAACUAACUUUAUUGUACUGGACAUACAGGGCGCGAAAUAACGGCUGGAGGGUCGGCGGUCAAGGUUACCGGCCAACUCAAUUUUAGAUCGGACAUACCAAAUUUCUGGCCGGUCAAAUUAUUCAGCUUAAUGCAAAUCCUAGUAAAGUAUACCCCUAAAAAUGUGACCAUUUUCCCAGUAUAGCAGUACAAAAUGCCUUACUGUAAUCAGUAAUUAAAAAUUCCUUCACAUAAAACGGCUUGUACUGGGCUAAAAGCAUGGUCUUAGCUCUUAAGCCAAAGGCAUGGCCAUGGCCCAUGGGCUUUGUGACGUACUGCGUGCGAAAUCUGGUGUAUAUUGAAGUUGUUUUCCUGCAAAAUAUUCGACAACAUGCAUGUUAUGGUUCUUAAUUAUAAUACUGUACUUGACCACUUUAUUUUGAUCAUUAUUAUAAAAUGAAGAUUAGUUUGUUCUUUUACCGAAAGUGACCGGUCAAAAUGACCGGCAAGGUAAGAAUUUGACCCGACAACUCCGCAUUCUGGCCGGACAUUGUCCGUUGACCGGCCGUUAUUUCGCGCCUUGUGGACAUAGCUCUAUCAAUUCUAUACUGUUUUCCCUAGAUUCAUAAGUCAUUUUCUCUUUUUUUCACUUCCUCCAUCAGUUGUUUCUCAUUUUAAUUUUUGUUGUUAGGCUCGUGUUCACAACCGUUUGGUUUGGGUUGGGACAGAACUCUUCUGGACAGCGCCUUCCAAGCUUCUUCGUCGUUCCAGCCAGGUAAUAUAUCAGGAUGGCACAGAAUUGCCGCAAUAUUGAUUGUGGAUUGCUUCUAACAAACUAAAAUGAUUUCCGACUGAUCACUCUAAAGGCCGGUUUGCACUUGCAAAUUUUGCUGGGAAUUUUAGUGCAUUUUUCUUCUUUUUCUUCAACACGAAAAAAGUUCCACAAUAUUGCACCAAGUAGCUAGGUAACAAGGCGUUGACAUUAAUUUGUCAACAAGCUGGGCACAAGCAAUGUGAAUACAUCCUGAUGAUAAGUUGUAAUCAAUAACAUAUCAAUUGAUAAACAAAUUAUUGAAGGAAAAGGAUAACAGAUCUUAAAUACACUUUAUCUAACUAGUACUGUCUUUUGGUCUUAACAAAAUAUUAUAAUGAUUUUUUUUUAUAAAUUUUUGAGUUUUUAUACUAAUUUUUACAGUUUACACGUUUACGAACAACAAGUAAUGUCAAAGGAGCGACACUUUGUACACAAAGAUUUCCAAGUUCUUGGUCGAUCGACAUCGAAAUCUAAGCUCAAUUUCUCAUAGUAGUAGUAGUAUAGUUUAUUUUUGAGCGACGAGAAGGUUAGGGAUGAUUUGAUAGUUGAUGGUAGGUUGUUCCACAUUAGAACCACUCUGCCGAAAUAAAAGUUUCUGAAGAAGAAUGUUCUGCAUAAGUCAGGUCGGAGAGCCGGUUGGCUGAGCUAAUUAAGGGGAGUCUGGUGAUGAGGUGGUUGAACAACAUAGUUAAAAUCUGCUGCAGGUUUGUUGCAAGUUGUGCGUUAUUAAUGAGUUAUGAAUGCUCUGGUAGCUUCUGAUCUUCUCGUUCACAUCAGAAGAGGAAAAUUGCACCUAAAAUUGCAUAAAAAAUUGCAAGGAUAAACGUACCUUUACAUGGUGUAUCUUACUUAGGUGCUAGUUGGACAGCCAGUGCGAGCAAUGCAAGACUUUACAUGAGAGACGACCAUGAUAACAAACGUAUUGGCUGCUGGUGUGCCGCCUAUGGUCAAACAGAAAACCAAUGGUUGCAAGUCGAUCUGGGUCAAGUGAAAUACGUAUCUGCAGUCGCUACACAAGGUAUGUGAUGAAUUUGUAAACUAAACUAAAUCUAGUGUGUUAUUGUCGAUUUCAGGUAACUUUUCAACACGCUGUUCCCAAGUUCGUUGCAAACUUGCCAAUUACGUUGUCAAGUUCGGAAGUUGGGCGUGAACUUCGCAAUGAAGUUUGCAAGUUCAUUUCAAAGUUCGAACUUUGAUUGCAAACAAAUGUUCAUAGUUGGAGUUGAAAUUACUGUAUAAGGCCCUAUGCACAUAUUACUGCAGUAAAAUAUUGGUCCAGUGGUCUCCCAAGACGAAAAAUGCUUUUUAAAAUAAAUUUAUAAAUGAAAUUUUUACAUUUGUUUACAAUCGAAGUUCGAACUUUAAAAUGAACUUGCGAACUUCGUUGCGAAGUUCCCGCCCAACUUCCGAAUUUGGAAACGUAGAAACGUAUUAAAUUGGCAAGUUGACAACAAACUUGGGAACAGCGCUUUGAGUAAUAUCAUGAAAUCGACUACAAGGGCACAUGUUGUUCAGACACAAACUGCGACAGGUUAUUGUGAUGUAAUACUUACAAUUUCAAAUUUAAUCACUCAAGGACGCGAUCGAUAUUUUGAACAUGUCGAGACGUACGAGUUAUCUUUCAGUCAAGAUGGUUCAGUGUUCAAAAACUACAAAGAGAAUGGCUCAGUGAAGGUUAGGUUUUGGUAUUUAUAAAACUGCAAAGAAUUCCUGUAUGGGUGGUUCUCUAAACGGUUAGGAUAAGGGUUAGGUAAGGGUAGAUUAGUUGUUGUGUAAUGUCGGCUGAUGUUUAGGCCCAGCCAGGGGGAAGGGGGUUACCAGAAUACCAGCAUACCUAAAAUUUCAGACUAAGUAGACUGUCUGCCUGAGUACUUUUAAGUACGUUUCCAUUGAUUUUCUACUCUUAUUUUCUCAAACAGUUAUUCACUGGCAACUGUGAUCACGUGACACCAGUCAUCAACAAGUUGGCACAACCCGUCCGUGCCCGGUUUGUCAGAUUCCAUCCGAAACAGCAUUACGCCGGGAUGUGCAUGAGAACUGAGGUGUAUGGAUGUAAUGUCUAAAUGAUAAACAGAAUGAUUUAAUAAAAAAAAGCAGUUAUUAAAUUGUUGUAAAAAG